AGGAAAAGGGGAGAGCGGAAAAUAGGAGAGAGAGAGAGAGAGAGAGAGAGAGGAUCUCCCUCGUGAUACCCUUUUGUUUGCCGCCAGGUCGGGCGGGUAAAGAAGGCCAAAGGCACGUCUCGAGGCGAUUCCCCUCCCUCGCCAACUCCUCUCUUUUUCUCGUGCAGAGAGCCUCCUCUCUUCUCCUCGCCUAAACUCCUCACUCCCUCUCUUCUUCUCCCCCUCUAUAUAUUUACGCUUCUUCCCCGUCCUUUCUUCCCCAGCUCCCUUGCCCUCCUCUCCUCCUCCCCUGUCUCCUUUCUCUUUUUCUAGCCUUCUUCCCUCUCUGUCUUUCUCUUGUUCGACUUGAGAGAGAGAGCGACGGACAAAGGUCUCAGAGCUCAAAGGUUCUGCCUUUCGGUCGCAUUAAGAGCAAUGUCGGCUUGCAAGGACAGGGAACAGGACCCCCGCAUCGAAGGCAUAGCUUCUUCCAUCCGCGUCGUUCCCAACUUCCCCAAGCCAGGGAUUAUGUUUCAAGACAUCACCACUCUCCUUCUGGAUCCCAAAGCGUUCAAGAACACGGUGGAUUUGUUCGUGGAGCGUUACACUGGGAAGGAUAUCACCGUUGUGGCCGGAAUUGAGGCCAGAGGUUUUAUAUUUGGUCCUCCAAUUGCUCUAGCAAUUGGUGCAAAGUUUAUUCCAUUGAGAAAACCAAGAAAGUUGCCAGGAGAAGUCAUUUCAGAAGAAUAUGUGCUGGAAUAUGGAACCGAUUGUCUUCAAAUGCACAUUGGCGCAGUCCAACCUGGUGAUCGUGCUCUAGUAGUUGAUGAUUUGAUCGCAACUGGGGGGACUCUCUGUGCUGCCAUAAAAUUACUGGAGCGUGCUGGAGCUGAAGUGGUUGAAUGUGCAUGUGUGAUUGAACUUCCAGAACUUAAGAAGCGUCUGACUCCAAAUUACUGAGAACAUUUCCCUCCUCUCACCAUGAGAGGUUGGUUGUUCUUUUACAGUAGCAUUUAUAAAGAAAUUACUGUAAAUUAUAGGAAAAGACACAGGGAAGUUAUUUAUUUGCUCAUGAUGUUCCUUGGACUUGGUAAUCCUAUGUACAUUGAAUUGAGCAUUAUGUUUCUUAGAAGUUAGGUCCAAUCUGCACAGAGUAGCUCGGUCUAAAAUGGAAUUUAUGUAGAAUUUGUAAAUAUCUGUAGCUAUUUUGAGUUUUUGUUACAGAACAUUUACAUUUAACAUGACUAUGAUUAGUCCU